AUGUCAUUAUGCUUAUUUCAUAUUGGAGUUUUCCUUUCUCGUUCUGAUUCAAUCCAAUUCAGUUCCAUACCAAACUUCAGUAUCACCACAGCAUUUGCUGAUGAUAUUUCUGCCGCCACUUUUCGAAUAACAGAUGGGAUGCAAAACUUGAAAGGAGACAAGGCUGGAGGCUUGGCGCGGCUAGCAGGCACUCCCUACGGCCGCACGGAGCGACGAAGAGACCAGAGUAAUGGUCGACAUAGGCUGGGGAUGGGCCCGAGGCCUUAUCCAGUGCUUGGCGCGGCUACGGGGAGCGCGGGAGCGCAGGGACUGGUGCUGUAUGUGGCUGCGGCAAGGCUGAACUAG